AUGGACCCAAGGCGUCGUCAGCUCAUGUUACACGAGCUGCCAGCGACGAUUCCCAAAACAGCCGACAUUUAUCCGCACGGAAAUUCCUCAACGCCCCCGCUGCCUUACGCGUGGCCACAGCUGACACCGGUCAACCACCAAAUCCACACAUCGUUGACCUCCAAACGCGUUGAUCGCGUUCUCGAUUCCGGCGGCGACAUGUUUGGCAUUCUCGAGACCGUCCAAGUGCCCCAUUCGGGUAUCUACAACAGCUAUGAGGAACUUUUCAAACAACUCAGCGAUGGCAUGGAAAAGGAAGGCUACAAGAUCGUCAAGGCUAGAUCCCAUCGAGGCAAAGUGGGUGGUGCCGACGUCCCGGGGAACGACAUAGUACGAUGCGAUCUCGUCUGCGAUCGUGGCGGGAGGCCAUAUCGAUGCAUGGCGACAAAACACAAGACGACGACAAAGAAGACCGACUGUCCUUGGAAAGCAAAGGCGGUCCAUCGCAAGACUAUGGGGGGAUGGGUACUGACAAUUACGUGCGAUCAGCAUAACCAUGAGCCCGGCACACCCGAACCACCGACCCCCGAAGCUGCGAGCGAGGAAGAGACGAAUAUACUGGACGACCUGGAAGGUGAGCAUAGCUUGGAUCCGGCUGCGACGCCGCUCCUCACGCCUUGGCAAGACGAAGGGCCACAACCCGAUCAGGAGACUCAAGCUGCAAUCCAGGUCGCAGGUGUCUCCAACGCAGUUCUUCGUCUGACCGGUGAGACGUUCCAUCAAUUCAAGGGCGAGUACCGCAAGAUGUCGCAUGCGGAUCGUGUUGCGCAGCUAUCGCAUCUCCAGCUCCGCGUUGCAGCCAUCUAUGCUGUCCAGAAUGAGGACCUGCAACGACAAAAGAGGCAAGAAGCUCAAGACAAGCGCCAUCGACAAAUCGAGGAUGCGAAGAGGCAAUCCUCGGCGCAGAAGCAGCGGGCUAGACAGCAGCGUCGUCAGCAAGUGGUGGAGCAGAACCAUCAGCAACAGCAGCAGCAGCAGCAAAUGCAUCAGCACAUCCAGCAACAGCAACUCCCUCAACAAACCACCCAAGCCCAAGUUCAAGCCCAAGCACAGGCCCAAGCACAAGCACAAGCACAAGCGCAGGCGCAGGUUCAAGCUCAGGCCCAAGCCCUAAUGCAAUCACAGCUGUACCUCCCGCAGAACCCUCAGCAGGCCGCAAUUGCGGUGCCAACGAUGGACAUGCCGCAGUUUCAGCAUUACGUGGCUCCGGCCAAUAAGAGGAUGCGUGGGCGGACUUCUCAAGGCGGACAAACUCAAUAG